AGAAAUAUAUUGACGAUAUUUCUCUAAAUAAAGAGAAUGACGCUACACUCUCAGAUUAUGCUGAUAUUUAUAUAAAGUGCUGUUCAUCUGAACUUUUCCAGCGUCCAGAACUAGACGAAAUUUCAAAAAAACUUGAAAAUCUAUCGGAGAAGACAACUAUUGAAUUGAUUAUAAAUAUUACAAAUUGCAUUAAUAUAAAUAGUCAGCAAACUACACAGUCAAUAUCAAAUUAUUUAGAGCGAUUAGACUCUUCUAAUGAUAUAAUCAAAAGUAUAGACAUGGAUAAGCAUCAUGAAGAUAAUCCAAAUGAACCAAAUUAUAAUAACCUUG